AUGGUGUUUAAAGAAUCAUUUUAUGACCCUGGAAGCAAUAGCAGGGGCAAGAGAUUCGAGUCUGUAGAACAAAUUUCUGGAUCUAACUUGAAGGAAAAUGCAGCCUCAAAUUUGAAUUUUGUAAAGCUGCAGAAUGUGGACAGGUCGGCGGGACUUCAGAGUUUCAUGAAAAAAACACUAGAAGAAAAUAUUGAAGAAGACUCUAAAGAUAUCAGCAGGAAUAUGGGAAUUCAGGAGAUUGAGAAACACCAUAGAUAUGAAUGUCAUACUGAGUGUGAUAAAAACCAGCAACCUAUUCCAGACAGUAUGAUCAAUAAAGAACUGCCUUCCAGAGUGAGAGCUCAUCAGACUCCAUUACAUGUAAGAAACAUUAUUGGUCAUUUAUCCUUACCUGAGUAUCUCAGACAAAAAACUAGAGGAAAACCACAACUGUAUAAGGGAGCUGUGGCAAAAGCUUUUACACAUCAGAAACAUUGGAAAGAUACCAGUUACUCUGAAUUACUUCAGGUACGUGAAACUUCUCCUAAAGAGAAACCCUGUAAAAUUCAACUAUAUAAUGAAGCCUGUAGGAGUCUCUGUUUUGAUCAGCCUCAGAAGAGAAGUAAUACUGAAAAUAAACGCAAUGAGAAUGUCUUAAUGAGAUGUACAUCUGGCCAGAAUGAUGAAGGAACCCAUAAAGAAAUGAAACAAUUUGUAUGCAAUCUCAGUGAAGAAUCCUUCAUUGAUUCCAGUGACCUUAUCAACCAUGAAAAAAGUAAUAUUGAUGAGAAAAGGUGCAUUUGUAUGCAAUGUAGCAAAACAUUUAAAUAUGCAACAUGUUUUGAGAAACAUAAAGUAACUCACAAAGGAGAGAGGCCUUAUGCUUCUAUACACUUUGGAAAAACCCAAUUCAGUCAUCAUAACAGUCAUGAAAGCAGUUACUCUGGACAAAAACCUUAUGCCUGCAAGCAUUGUGGAAAAAACUUCUCCCGUUCUUCUUAUCGAAACAUUCAUGAAAGAAUUCACACUGAAGAGAAACCUUAUGCAUGUAAGCAUUGUGGAAAAAACUUCAGAAGUUCUAUUUCUCAAAACUUUCAUGAUAGAAUUCACACUGGAGAGAAACCUUAUGCAUGUAAGCAUUGUGGAAAAGCCUUUUUCUGUUCCAGUCAUUUGAAGAACCAUGAAAUAAUUCAUACUGGAGAAAAGCCAUAUGCAUGUAAGCAUUGUGGAAAAGCCUUCAACCACCCCCGUAGUUGUAACAGACAUGAAAGGAACCACACUGCAGAGAAAACUAAUGCCUGAAAGCAUUGUGGAUAAAACUUCAGCAGUUUUACGUAUCACAACAUUCCUGAAAGAAUUCACAGUGGAGAGAAACCUUAUGCAUGUAAACAUUGUGGAAAAGCAUUGACUAAUUCCAAGGCUUGUAACAUUCAUGAAAGAAUACACAUGACAAAGAGUCUUUAUACAUGUAAGUAUUGUGGAAAAGCCUUUUCCUGUUCCAGGCAUCUGAAUAUUCAUGAAAGGAACCACACUGGAGAGAAACCUUAUGCAUGUAAACAUUGUGGAAGAGCCUUCAAUGACUCCAGUAGGUGUAACAGACAUGACACAAGCCACACUAAAGAGAAGCAGAAGAGUUAUACAUGCAAGUCUUGUGAGAAUGGCGUGAACUUUUCUUUUAAUAUUCAUUCUGUUCUCUAUGAUAUAGACAUUGAGCCAGUAAAAUUUGAGGAUGUGGCAGUGAACUUCACCUCAGAAGAGUGGGCUGUGUUGGAUUCUAGUCAGAAGAAGCUCUACAGAGAUGUGAUGAAGGAAACAUUUUUGAACCUGAUCUCCAUAGGUAAAAAGUACUAUAUGCUCCCAUUGCUUAUUCAGUCAGUGAACAACUGUGUCCUUGAUGUGGGCGUCCCCUCUGUGUGCUGUGAUUACCAUUACUAA